AUGUCACUACUUUCACGCGUUAUGCGAGCAUUAGAGAAACAUGCCCCAUUAUCACUUGCCGAAACUUCUUGGGAUAAUGUAGGUUUACUAGUAGAACCUCCCUACCCGAGAAUUUCAGCAUCUCGAGUAUUCCUUACUAUAGACUUAACUCCCACGGUAUUAGAAGAAGCUUUGACAGAUUCAAAGGUUGGAGUAAUUGUAUCAUAUCAUCCACCAAUUUUUAAACCAUUUAAUAGAUUAAAUAUGGAUGAUGUUAAACAAGCCAUAUUAAUGAAAUGUAUAGCUAAAGGGGUAGGGAUUAUUAGUCCUCAUACUGCUAUGGAUAGUUGUAUAGGAGGAAUUAAUGAUUGGUUGGCUAAAGGACUUGGAGGAAAAGGAAUUUGUGUACCCAUUACACCUGCAAAAAAUCCUCCUGAAGGACAAGAGCAUGCUGGCUUGGGUAGACUUUUUACUUUCGAUCAACCAAUUCAUUUGUUAGAUGUAAUUAAGAAUAUAAAAAAUCAUUUGAAACUUUCUUUAGUUAGAGUUGCUAUAGCUGAAAAACAUAAAUCAAUAUCAACCAAUUUUAUUUCAAAAGUUGGAAUUUGUGCUGGUUCAGGUUCAAGUGUAUUGAAACCAGUAGAAGCAGAUCUUUAUUUUACUGGAGAAAUGUCACAUCAUGAUGUACUCGCUGCAUUGACUAAAAAUACAAUAAAUUAG